AUGAGAUUGAGGAAUGUAGGAAUAAAUGUCGAUGCAAUAGAAGAAAAAAUAAAGAAGUACUCUCAAGAGAAUGCUGAACAGAUUAUGAUUAAUCGAGCCCGCAAGGCUGAAGAGUUAGCUGCAGCCAUAGCAGCUUGCAAAGGCCAACCCACACAGACGGAUUCAGAUAUGUCAUCAAACCAGGGCUUGACGGUUGCAGCCUCUGGGGGUCAGCCACCACGGCCAAUGGGAAUGGGUCCACAACCAGUGCCUAUUGGAGGAGGGCCGGAACAUCAACUUUUUGGUUUUGAAGAUGAGGAAAUGAUGAAACUCAAGGCUGAGAGAGGUCCUCGGGCUGGAGGAUUCUCAAUAGAGAUAAGCAAAAGGAGGGCACUUGAAGAGGCAUUUGCAAGCAUCUGGGUUUGAUUCUUAUGCAGAGAACAUAAUGUCACAGAUUUCUCAGUGUUAAAAUACAAAGGACAACGAUUUCUUAACUGUGAUAGAGUUAUCUUUGUUGUCUCUGAUGACUCUGGUCGUGUAAAGGAUUUUGUGGCCUUUGCAUGAAAGAAAGGCCUUCUUUAUGAUAUCUUUUCUCGCUUA